AUGGAUGUGGAGGGCAGUAACAAACAGCCAAGUGGGAAAUUAGGCUUUUCCCCUUGUGAGGAAGAGAACAAAGCACAGAGAGGACCAGAAGAGGGCGAGGGAGUCCAGAGCCAGACUCCGGAGAAGCUGGAGGUUCAGGACUCAGAGUCCUUCAGGACACCCCAGAGGAGCAGAAGUGGGGUCCCUGGCACCUUCCAGGAAAGAGGCAAACCCAUGCUAGUCCCAGUUCCGAGGACUCCAGUGUCAGACUCUCCCACAUGUCCUGAGACACCAACUAUGUCAGAGAAAAGGAGCAAGAUGCUGCAUGCUGAGAGCCCCUCCACUCCUAAAAACCUGCAGAGCCAGCCUCCAGCAAUUUCUUCAACAGUGAAGCUCUCCUCCAGAGGCUCCCAGCAUUUCAGGCACACGCCUGUUUCCCUCAGGGAUGAGAUGGCCUCCCUGGCUUUGGUCAAUGUUAAUCCCUUCACUCCAGAGUCCUUGAAAAAAUUAUUGCUUACAUCCAACGGCAAGAGGAAAACCCGAGGAGAUGUUGAGGAGACUGAUCCAGAAGAAGGCAAAUUAAAACAAGGGUUACCUGCCAAGAGAUGUGUCAUGAGAGAAACCAACAUGGUCACACGCUAUGAAAAGGAAUUUUUGGAGGUGGAAAAAAUUGGCGUUGGGUCAUUUGGUACAGUCUACAAAUGCAUUAAGAGGUUGGAUGGCUGUGUCUAUGCAAUAAAGCGUGCUACGAAGCCAUCUGCAGCGUCUUCGAACGACAGUUCAGAUUUGCGAGAAGUGUAUGCGCACGCAGUGCUGGGCCAUCACCCCCACGUGGUGCGUUACUACUCUGCCUGGUCGGAAGACGACUACAUGAUCAUUCAGAAUGAAUACUGCAAUGGUGGGAGUUUGCAAGCCGUUAUAUCUGAAAAUACUAAGUCUGGGGAUCAUUUCCAAGAGCCCACACUCAGAGACAUGCUUCUGCAGAUUUCCGUGGGACUUAAAUACAUCCACAGCUCGGGGAUGGUGCACCUGGACAUCAAACCUAGCAAUAUCUUCAUUUGCCAUAGGGGGCAAAGCGAUUUUACUGACAUCCCAGAAGAGAUUGAAAAUGAAGCUGACUGGUUCAUUUCUGCCAGUGUGAUAUAUAAAAUUGGUGACCUGGGCCACGUAUCAUCCAUAACUGAUCCCAGUGUAGAAGAAGGAGAUAUUCGCUUCCUGGCUAAUGAGGUUUUGCAAGAGGAUUAUCGACAUCUUCCCAAGGCGGACAUAUUUGCCUUGGGCUUAACAAUAGCAGUGGCUGCGGGAGCGGAGGCGUUACCAGCCAACGGGGAGCCGUGGCAUCACAUCCGCAAGGGUAACCUUCCAGAAAUUCCCCAGAAACUCUCAGAAGACUUUCAAGAUCUGCUCAAGACAAUGAUCCAUCCUGAUCCUGAAAAGAGACCCUCCGCAGCAGAUAUGGUCAUGAACCGCACUCUCCGGCCUUCCCUGGGCAAGACAGAAGAGCUCCAGAAGCAGCUGAACUUAGAAAAGUCCAAGAUAGCCAUGCUAGAAAGGGAAUUGAGACAAGUGCAGCAGGCGCUGUCCCCUCCAGGAGACAUCUCCCAUGGCAACCCUGGGGUCUCCGAGACUCACGCAAGAGCAAGAAGCACAAGGCGCCUGGUGGGAAGAAACAGUGGCAAGUCUUUCAGCUUUACUCUUGGGGAAUCUUCCCUGUAA